AUGAGCAGCUCACUAUUCAGCGAUACCUCAUGCGCUCUAUGUGCAAGACAUAGGACACCACCAGAUCUUAACCUUCACGUUUCGAGUAGCAAAACUUGUGCCGAUGUCUAUUUGGAGCUUUCCUUGAUUGACGCAUCACAGAACGAACAAAAAUGCCUCUCCGGACAAUCUUCAUAUAGAAGUAUCUGUUGUCAAAGACAGCGUCAAAGCUUUCUAUCAACGGAAUUUAAGGUGACGGUAGGAGUUAUUGCUGGUGUUAUAUUGAUGGCCUUUGCUACCAAGAGGGUAUUUUCAGUCAAAAUUGAAGGUGAAAAGAAAUCACCAGCGGACUACAAGAAAAUGAAAGACAUACCUUCCAAAAUGAAAAAAUCGAGAUCAAAGCAAAGGUCGACGAAAAGGAAGAAGAGCACUGAGGCUACGAAAGCAACCAAUGCAAACAAUGGAGGAAAUAAAGCAGUAGUGGCUGGAGAAGAGGAAGAUGAAGACGGAAGCAUGCUGGCAAUGUGGAAUGGAAACAACUCAUAG